AUGAAUGAGCAUUCCUAUUACUUCACAUUCUUGCAAGUAUUUGGGGCUGUCAGUGUUUGGAUUUUCAUUUUUCUAAUAGCAUGGUCAGUCCCUGAACUAGUGUCCUCCCGGACUGGGGAGUGCAGCGCGGGGCGGGGACUCGCAGAGAGGAGAACAGCGCAUCAACCCCAGCGGGAGGCGCGCAGGUCUCGGGAUGCGGAAGGCGGGCAGGCGCCGCGCUCCUCUCCGCCCCCACGAGCAAGACGGUCACGUGCAGCGGAGGGGCUGACCUCCGCGGGCGGGCCUGGGAGGGGCGCCGCGCAGGUGGUUCAGGGUCGCCCGAGGCUAGGCGCGAGGCGGGCGCUUGCGCAGCGCGGGGCGGAGUGCGAGCCGGGGCCGGAACCGCCGCGGGUCGGGAAGGGCGGGGAGGAGCCUGGGAGCGCGCCGGCCGCCGCAUGGGGAGGGGCGGGGCGGAGCCGCGGCGCGCGCGCCCGUCGGAGGGGGCGGGACAGAGCAGCCAUUGGGCGCGCUCAGGUUGGCCGCUGGGAGCGUGGGGCGAGCGUGGACCGCGGCGCGGCGGUGCGAUUCUUUUCCCGGCCCUUCUCCCCGCCCCAGGCGAGGGCACCGUGUGGCGGCGGCGGCGGCGGGGCCAGCGAGGCCGGAGGCGGCGGCUGUGCCCGGGCAUGGUGGUCUGGGGCAACGCGGAAGAAUCCUGUUUUGGUGGUGCAGCUCUUGGGAUCAGUGCUCUGAGCACCCAGCAGAAGAGGCUCUGAAUGCUUCGGGCUCAGUUAGUCAAGCACCGUGAGCUGCAACAGGGAACAUACAGACAGGAGGCCAGGUAAAGCCUAGUCAUCAAUCAACAGGUGAGGAAGUAGAGCCAGGCAUUGGUUGAGUGUUGAUGUUUCUGGUACAAGCUGACUCUCCGCUCAUCAUCCCACACCUUCAUCAGCCAUCAUCAUGCUGUCUGUCACCUCCUCUUCUCUGAAGAAGGCCCGGGCCAUCUUUUGAAAAUACAAAGUCCAGCAUUGAGACCCUCCCAACUGAGAGAGCAGGAAGGGCCAGGGCUGCUGAGGUGCUCCCUGAACCCCACUCAGGGGAUCUGUGUUGUUCCCACCUGGGUGUAUUGUGUGGACCCCUAAAAUUCCUCCAAACCUCUGCCUCUGCGCUUCCAGAUUGCCCCUGAAAGAAAUGAACAAUAAUCAUAAUACCCACCACGUACUGACCGCUGGUCUCUUGAGGGCUGCCUUGCCAUUGGACAACAUUUGUUGAGCUCCUACUGUUUGCCAGACAGCGGGUACAUGCUUUAUGUGUGUUUAGCCCUUCUGACAACACUGUGAUUUAGGACCUGUUAAUAUGUCUAUUUUGCUGAAAUGGAAACUGAGGUUCAGAGUGGUUAAAUAACAAGGAAAAGUCCAUGUUUUUACCCCCUACACUAAUAUAUAUGUAUAUUUGUGUAUAUAUAUUCUAUGCAUGUAUAUUUAACAUAUAUAUGAUGUUGACUGAAAAAAAUGCACAACCUCAAAGUUGAGAAAUAUGUUUUAUUGGGUGGGCAAAACUGAGGACUUAAGCCUGGGACACAGCCUCUCAGCUCUCUCUGAGGGACUGAUCCAAAAAGGAGAGGAAGGAACCAUCAACUAUAGGAGUUUUUGCAACAAAGACCAGGUCAUCGGAACAUCGAAAGAUUCCUGUUAAUUAAAGAAAACCAGACAUCUCGAGUUAA